CUCCUUCCCUCUGCCUGCCUGUCACCUGGGCUCCUCCAAGGGCGCCUCUCACUCCCCGGCGUUCCCAUCGGCGACUGACCCUCCCUUUGCCUUUGGCUGCUCCAGUGAAUCUUCCCCAAGCCUGUAGCUGAAGGAUGCGGUUUCGCCUGUUCUCCUUUGCUUUGAUCGUCCUCAACUGUAUGGAUUACAGUCACUCCCAAGGUGGCCGCUGGAGACGCAGCAAGAGAGCCAACUAUGGGCCGAAUCCAGUUUGCAAAGGUUGUUUGUCAUGCUCAAAAGACAACGGAUGCAUCCGAUGUCAGCAUAAGUUGUUCUUCUUUCUACGAAGAGAAGGCAUGAGACAGUAUGGAGAAUGCUUGAAUUCUUGCCCAUCGGGAUACUAUGGUCUCCGAGCCCCAGACAUGAACAGAUGCUCAAGAUGCAGAAUAGAGAACUGUGAUUCUUGCUUUAGUCGAGAUUUUUGCACCAAGUGCAAACCUGGGUUUUAUCUCUAUCGAGGCCGUUGUUAUGGAGAAUGCCCUGAUGGCUUCACAUCUUUAGAGGAGACUAUGGAAUGUGUAGAAGGCUGCGAAGUGGGCCCAUGGAGCGAGUGGGGAGCUUGCAGCAGGAAUAACAAGACAUGUGGAUUUAAAUGGGGUUUGGAAACGAGAACAAGGCAAAUUGUGAAAAAGCCAGCGAAGGACACAAUACCAUGCCCAACCAUAGCAGAAUCUAGAAGAUGUAAAAUGGCUCUGAGGCACUGUCCAGGAGGGAGGAGACCACCAAAAGCCAAGGACAAGAAAAAGAAGAAAAAGAAUUUAAUGGAAAGAGCACAGAAGCAACACAGCCUCUUCCUAGCUACAGACCGAGCUAGUCAAUAAGGACUUCCGUUGUCUGCAUCUAUACAUGUGGCGUUUUUUUUUUCAUCCUUUUGUGAAAUGCACAGAAGCUGCUACCUGCUCCUGCACACGGAUGCACUGCAAUUCAACUGCUUGGUUGCAAAUAACUUUUUUUUAAAAAAAUUGGGGGUUGAGAAUGUCCACAAGCUUGUUUAUGUGUGUUAUUUAUACUUUUAUUCUUAUUUGUUGUUCUUAUUGUUGUCAUUGUUUCCCCAGACCUGGAGGUUUCCAGGGGCAGCAGAAACACACUGAGUUGAAUCAGUGAAUUUGUGUCAAAAAGAAAGUAAGAAAGCAUUUUUAAAUAUAUAUAUUUAGUUUAGUUUAGCUUUUGUUUUUGCUCAGUGCCUGUAAGAUGAAAGCAGCCAACUUCUCAUCCUGGACUGUUGCCCUGAGGCUGCCAGUCGCCAUUAGGUAACAGACAUGUGCAUAUUUAUAUAAAGAAAGGAAGUUGGGGAGUUAGGAUUGCAUUUAUGGCCUUUGUUUCUCGCAUUGUAAAUUUUCAAGAGUAAAUAACACUAAGCAGAUACUCAUAGAUAAAGUACUUUGCCCUCAGCACCUGUUAUAUCGGAAUGAUUGUAUAGUCAAACUGCUCUAGACUGAUAUAUUGCAGGCAUUGCUGCUUAGUCUUUCAGGAACACAGCAGUACCCAUGUGUAGAUAUAUUGCUGUCUACAUAUAAAUAAACCUAU